CUUCAAAGUUCAAAAUCUUCAAAUCACAAAGCACAUCACCCAACAAUAUUCCAACCAUUUUGAUUUCUUUACCCCUCAAAAAUCGAACGUUAGAAGACAAACAACAAACAAUUUGAGGUUGUCCCCACACCAAACUCUCCUCUUUAAUUACUUCUUCAAUCUCACACUCUUCUUCUACUAUUACUCACACAGUCACACUCAUUUUUCUCUGUUUUUUCUCAACUCAAUUUUUUUUUCCAACUUUUAUCCAGUAAAAGAAACAUUAUUUCUUCUUCUAUCAACAUCAAAUCAACAACCCACAUUUUUUUUUCGAUAAUUAAGGUCAAAAAACCUUAAAGGGUUGAUUUUUUUUUUGAAAAAAAAACUGGGGUUUAUAUUAGUUAAAAUGGGAGAUGAAGAAACCCUAGGAAAUGGGAAAUUGAGGGGAGAAAUUGACACGUCAGCGCCAUUUGAGUCAGUUAAGGAAGCUGUUUCUAAGUUUGGUGGGGUUGGAUAUUGGAAGCCUGUUUCAACUUCACAUAAAUAUACUCAUUCUAAUCUUGUGCCAUGUGAUGUUGAAGAGAUCGAUGUGGCAAAACUGGAAGAACAGGCUGCAGAAUUGGAGAAAGAGCUCAUUUUGAAAGAAAAGGACACAUUCGAGGUUCUAAAAGAACUUGAAGCAACGAAGAGGAUUGUUGAGCAACUCAAGUCAAAGCUACACAAAGAAGAAUCUGAUGCCAAGGCAAAUAUUCAUGCUGGUGAGAAGCCAUCUGUUGCGAAAGAAGAGGAGGAAGAAAAGGAGAAUAACCCUAAUCUCUCAGUUCAGAAUCUUUCAGGAGAUCCAAACCUUAUACCAUCUUCAGCCCCGGGAAUGAUAUUGAUGGAACUCAAACAGGCCAAGUUGAACCUUACCAGGACUACAGGUGACCUAGCUGAAAUACGAGCAUCAGUGGAAUCUUAUAACAAGAAGAUAGAGAGAGAAAGGCUGUCGUUGGAAAAAACCCGUGAAAGACUGAGAUCAAACACAUUGAAGAUGUCUUCUUUGGAGGAAGAGAUAAACCAAACAAAAUCGAGGUUAGAAGAAGCUAGUACUGGCAACGGUGGCAAGGACAUUACAGCUGAACUUCAGCGGUUGAACGAUGAGGCAGAGGAAUUCAAGAAAAAGGGAGAGACUGCAAAGUCUGAAGUCAUCAAAGUCAUGUCAGAGAUUGAACAGACAAAGACAAAGGUAAAGACAGCCGAGAUCAGAUUAAUUGCAGCUAGAAAAAUGAAGGAAGCAGCGAAUGCUGCAGAAGCAGUUGCUCUUGCAGAGAUCAAGGCUUUGGAGACCAGUGAGGGUUUGACAGUCAAGGAUAACCCUGAAAGCAUUACUCUUACCCUUGAAGAAUACUCUUCACUGAAAAGCAAAGCUCAAGAAGCCGAGCAAAGUUGUCAUGUGAAAGUCCUUGAGGCAGUGCUUCAAGUUGAUGAAGCAAAUGAAUCUAGAAUGGAUAUCAUGAAAAAGGUAGAAGAAGCUAUGGAAGAAGUGAAAACCUCAAAACAGGCAUUGGAAGAUGCUCUCAACAGAGUUGAAGCCGCCAAUACAGCUAAGCUUGCUGUUGAGGAGGCUCUAAGGAAGUGGAGAUCCGAGCAUGGAGAGAGAAGACGUUCCAUACAAAACUUGACUAAAUUCAAGAAUCCUUACCCUUCUAACCGAAGAAGAGAUUCUUUGGUGCUUGAUGUGAAUGGUGUUAGUAUAGUAAGUGAUGCAAAAGCCCCGGUGUUAAAGUCAACGUUGUCAAUUGGUCAAAUACUUAGCCAGAAGUUGUUCAUAACUGAAGAGUUUGAAUCAGGGAAAAGCAAUAAUGUGAAACGCAAGAUUUCAUUGGGUCAGAUGCUCGGGAAACAGACUGCUGGCAUAUCUUCUGCCUGGAAGGUCGAGAGUGAUUGUGGUGGUCCUCAAAAGAUGCCUGCUAAACGAAAGAAGCUUGGGUUUGGUCGGUUUUCUGUCCUCUUGCCGAAGCAAAGCAAGAAAAAGAAGAAGCCCACUUCUGCUGCAAGGUAAAGAAAGGCAAUGGAAGAGUAUGAUUUGGUAUGGCUGACUGUUAGUUCAUAACAUGAUUGGAUUAUUUUGUUGACAACCUGUUUAUUGUACUGUAAAUCUAGUUGUCUGGAUUUAGCAUGUAGUCUAAUGACCAUGUAUCGGCUCGGCAGCUUCCCUGCUUUGUAAUAUAUAGCUGAGCUUAUCUUAUGUUUAGAUUAUGGUUCUUUUUUAACAGAUAUCAUAUGUAGUUCUAAAUCCUAUUUUGGGAUGUUCAAUGAAGGAGUGUGGUUAUGGUAA